CUCCUUCAUCCCCAGCAACGGCAAGCGCAAACGCGACUUGGCACCGUGCAAGAAGACACGGCUGCAGCUCUGUGCUCUGCUCUGUACGUGUGCUAGCUAGCUGUUACAAGCAACGCCAGCUCGCUCCACACCCCAGCGUCCGACCAAGACGAUGUAUCCGGCGAAGCCCAGCGACGCGGCGGCGGCGGCGCCGGUGACCGGCGUCCCCGUGGGCGGCCCGCCUGUCGCCGCCGGCAACGCCACCAGCCAGUGGUCCUCGGGGCUCUUCGACUGCUUCGACGACUGCGGGCUGUGCUGCCUGACGUGCUGGUGCCCGUGCAUCACGUUCGGGCGCGUCGCCGAGAUCGUGGACCGGGGCGCGACGUCGUGCGGGACGAGCGGGGCGCUGUACGCGCUGCUGGCCUACCUCACGGGGUGCCAGUGGAUCUACUCCUGCACCUACCGCUCCAAGAUGCGCGCUCAGUUCGGCCUCCCGGAGAACCCCUGCUGCGACUGCUGCGUCCACUUCUGCUGCGAGGCCUGCGCGCUCUGCCAGCAGUACAAGGAGCUCAAGGCCCGCGGCUUCGACCCCGAACUCGGAUGGGACCUCAACGCCCAGCGCGGCGCCGGCGCCGGACAAGCCAUGUACGCGCCGGCGGCACAGGGGAUGGGCCGCUGAUCGAUCAUCAACUGUGGAGUCGUUUGCAUGGUGAAUUGUUACAUGUCCAAAGGCUGUGUUUGUUCUAUUUUGUAUGGUGACGGGGGUUAUUGUGAUGUAAUGUAUUGCCAGGAUUGGCAAGCCAGAGAUGUGUGUGUGUGUGUUUAAUUUCUUUCAGCCCAAAACAAAUGUGCAUGUGAACAUCAUCUUCAGUACGGAGUGUACGUUCCAAUUUUUGUUAUUAUUGUAUUUCUUGGGGUCCAUUGUCUGGAAUAAAAAAGAAGAAGAAGAAGAGGAUUGCAAGCAA